AUGUUAGAACUCCACGAAGCAACGCCCUCUGAUGCCCAGGACCUCACCGAGGUAUUCCUAGCGGCAUUCUCGGAUCCCUUCAACAGAACCAUGUUCCCACCCACACCAGAAGUCGGCGCAUGGAUAUCCGAAAACCUCCUAAACGGCAACGCCCGCGCAUCCGAGCACGAUCUGAUUAUGAAAGUGAUCGAUGAGAACGGGAAACCUAUCGCAUUUGCGAAAUGGAUACGUCCGUAUCAUGCGGCUGCAGAUCGGGAUCUGCAUGAAUCUCAAUCCGACAUGCACUGGCCUGUAGGGAGCGAUAAGGAUUUGUGUGAUUUGUUUUUCGGGACUAUGGGGGAUCAUCAUCAGAAGCUGAUGGGGGAGAGAGCUCAUUAUUAUCUUGAGAUUUUGGGUGUGCAUCCUUCUUAUCAGGGGCGGGGACUGGCUUCUAAAUUGUUGAAGUGGGGAUUGGCGAGGGCGGAUGAGGAGGGUGUAGAGGUUUAUUUGUCGAGUUCUCCGGAUGGAAAGCCUAUGUAUGAGAAGAAUGGGUUUCAGUCUUAUGAGUCGUUUUCGCCAUUUCCUGGCUAUGAGCAGGUAAAUAUGAUUCGGCCAGCUCAACAAUGA